AUGAUGACGGCGGAACUCCAGUCGACGGUCGAGUCGGAGCCGAGCGACCAGACCUCGGAUUCAGAGUCGCUGUGCGUGGACGGGCCGCCUGCAUGCGAGGCGGCGCCGGCGGGAGCCCAGCGGCAGGGCACAGCCCUCUUUGAUGAGGCGCUGCGGCGGGCGCGCACGGCCUCCUUGGCGGAGGACCAGCAGCCCUACGCGCAGGUGGUAUAUUGGUGCGUCGGCCGCGCCGCUCCGGUGCGACGCCACUGCAUCGCGAUGCUGCAGUCGCCGUGGUUUGACCGGACCAUCAUGCUGCUCAUUGGGAUCAACACGCUCCUGCUGAUCUGCGUGCCCGCGGCGAGCAAGUGGCAGUACUGGGCGCACCGCGAGCUCGUGCUCAACGCCACCACCCCAGGCGGCUGCGGCCCCGACGACCCUUGGCUCGAGGGCAACCACGGCGGGCCUGGCUACUGGGACGAGCUGCGGCGGUACGACCGGCAGGCGGACGAGCUGUACUACGUGGAGGUGAUCUUCCUCGCGCUCUUCAUGUUCGAGAUGCUGGUCAAGAUGAUCGCGAUGGGCUUCGUCCUCGAGCGGCGCUCGUACCUCCGCGACGCGUGGAACUGGCUCGACAUGAUAGUCGUCGUGACGGGGCUGCUCGACCUGACUGGCGCGAUGGUCGCGAUGACGUGGCUCAAGCUGUUCCGCACGCUCCGGCCGCUGCGCGCCAUCAACCGGGUCCGCAAGCUCAAGGCGCUCGUCCAGACCGUCCUCCAGUCCAUGCCGCAGCUCUGCCGCGUCUUUGGCGUCCUCGUCUUCAUGCUCGUCUUCUUUGGCAUUCUCGGGCUGCACCUCUUCCAGGGCCACCUGCGCCACGGCUGCUUCUACCUCGAGGGCGGCGAGUGGGUGGCGACGGGCGCCGUGUGCGACGCCAUGUGCAAAUGGGACGCCCGCACCGGCGAGCUCGACGGCGCGUGCGGCUCGCUCGGCAACCGCACAAAGGGCCGCGGGUACGACAGCUGGGAGAUGACCUGGACGUGCAUGCCCGGGCAGCAGUGCCUCUGCGCGGGUUCGGCGGCCGACGAGGCGGCGUGCGCGUGGGACGACAACCCGAACACGGGCAUCAACCACUUCGACAACAUCGGCUGGUCGAUGGUGACCAUCUUCCAGUCCAUCACGCUCGAGGGGUGGGUGGACGUGAUGUACUCGCUCUGCGACGGAGGCAACGAGCUCGGCAUGCCCGGCGUCGCCAUCGCGUUCCAGGCGAGCGCGGCCACGCUGCCGAACCUCUUCCUCGUCGUCCUCACCGACAACUUUGCCAUGGCCGACGAGAACCGCAUGGCUGAGGCGGGCGCCAAGCUGGCCGAAGCAGCCGCUGCACAGGGCGGUGGCCAGCCGGCGCUCGGCUCCUCCGCGGUGCCGGCGGAGGACGCUGCGCCGGGUGCGCCUGUGGAUGCGGGCGCGGACCCGCUCGGCGGCUUGGACGCGGCCGCAGCCCCUCUUCCCACUCUCGCGGCUGCACCCGCCGCGGCUCCGCCAACCACGCCGAGGUGGCGCCGUCGGUGGCUGGCGCUCGCGUCCUCGCGCGGCCUGGACAGGGUCAUCAUCGCGUGCAUCUGCGUCGUGAUGAUGAUGGAGUUCUCCCCGGCCGAGCCCGUCGACUGCGCGGGCGGCACUUCGGCGACGGGGUACAUGUGGCCCGCGUACUACUGGAGCCUGUUCGGCCUCAACUCGGCCUUCACCCUCGUCUUCAUCUGCGAGUGCGUCAUCAAGCUCCUCGGCUUUGGCGUGCGCCGCUACUUCCGCGACGGGUGGAACGCCUUCGACUUCCUGGUGGUGGUCGUCGCGUCCGUCGAGCUCGCUUUCGAGGUGCUCUCGUGGCUCAACGUCUUCGACUCGAACAUACCCGGCCUGUCCGCGCUGCGGGCGCUGCGAGUGCUGCGGAUGCUCAAGAUGCUAAAGUCGAUCGACAGCAUCCGCAAGACCGUGUCGACGCUGCUCCGCUCCUUCGCCUCAGUCGUCUACCUGCUGCUGCUGCUGAUGCUCUUCAUCCUCUUCGCCGGCUACUACCCGCGGCCCUGGUUCAACCAGAACUGGACCUCCACCAACUACCCGUGCGCGUUCGACGAGAUGAAGACGACCUGGGCAGACGACGACCCCUACCCCGCGUGCAACUUUGACACCUUCUUCGGCGCGGUGCUCUCGAUCUUUGUGGUCCUCUCGGGCGAGAACUGGAACGAGAUUUACUACGACCAGCACGCGGCGACGUACCAGUCGACCUUCCCCGGCGUCUUCUUCCCGACCUUCUUCUUCCUCCUCCUCUUCGUCGUCGCAAACCUCAUCCUGUUCAACCUCUUCAUCGCCGAGCGGCUCGCCGAGUGCAGAGGGGCGUUCGCGUUGCACGACGAAGAUGGCGACGGCAUCGUCACGGCAGCCGAGCUGGGCGCUGUGAUGCGCUCGCUGGGCCGGGACCCGACCGAGGCGGAGCUGCAGGACAUGAUCAGCGAGGUGGACGGCGACGGCGACGGUUGCGUGGACUUUGCCGACUCGACCCCGCGGGCCAUGACGUUCGACUUUGGCGAGUACCGCGUGGAAGGCAGCCCGCUCGAGUCGGAGGGAGAGAGCACGGCGGCCUCCGAGCUGCCGGCCGGCAAGCGCCUGCCACCGCCUGACGACCCCUCGCCCGACCGCUCGCUGCUUCUCUUCUCGUGGCGCAGCCCGAUCCGGCGCGGCGCGGCCCGCCUGGUCUGGCACCCGAGGUUCGAGCACGCCAUCCUCGUGCUCAUCAUCGUCUCCUCCGUCCUGAUCGGCCUCGACUGGCCGGGCUGGCACCGCGACUUUUGGCUCAAGCAGGCGAUCAGCUACGCGGACAUCGUGUGCGGCUCCGCGUUCAUGCUCGAGUGCCUGCUCAAGGUCGUCACGCUCGGCUUUGUCUACUCGCGCGACCCGCGCUUCAAGGCCUACCUCAGCAGCGGCUGGAACCGGCUCGACUUCUUCGUCGUCUGCAUCACCAUCGUCAGCCUCGGCACCGCCAGCCUCCGCGAGGUAGCCGCCAUCCGCGCGCUGCGCGCCUUCCGCGCGCUCCGGCCGCUGCGGCUCGUCGCUCGGCUGGAGAGCAUGCGCGUGGUCGUGGCGACGCUCUUCCGGACGCUCCCCAAGCUGCCGCAGUUCGGGGUGGUGUUCCUCGGCUUCCAGGUCCUCUUUGCGAUCGUGUUUGUGCAAAUGUUCGGCGGCCGGCUCGGGUACUGCCUCGACCCCGCGUACGCCACCGGCGCGUGGCAGCCGUACGAGCUCAUGUCCGACAGGGUGGUGCCCGGGUACGUUAGCAGCACCGGGAGGAACGACUACGACGAGUGCAUGGCCCUCCCCAAGUACAACCUCACUCGGUUCGACUCGCUGGGCGAGCGGCUCACCGACAAGGAGGACUGGGCAGAGACGUACCGCCUCUUCACCGAGUUCCCGCAGUGGACCAACCCGAGCUUUGGCAACUUUGACAACCUGGGGACGGCGAUGCUGCUGCUCUUCGAGGUGGCGGCGCUCGAGGGGUGGCCCGACGUCAUGUUCGCCGUCAUGGGGGCCGACGCGGCGCAGAAGUACGUCUCGCCGUACUGGCUGACGACAAAGCAGGCGGACGGCAAGCUGCUGACGCCCAACGGGGAGGAGGAGCACGACACGCUGCCCUGGCUGACCGCCUUCCUGUUCGUGCUGUGGAUCGUCCUCGGCUGCUUUGUGCUGCUCAACAUGGUCAUCGGCGUCGUGCUCGACUCGUUCAACCGCAUGCAGCAGGAGAACGAGGGGCUCGCGAUGAUGACCGACGCGCAGAGCGACUGGGUCAAGGCGCAAAAGGAGAUCAUCGCCAAGCGGCCGCUCAAGAAGCCGAGCCCGCCGAGGCAGGCCUGGCGGCUGCCCUACUUCCGGCUCGUCUGCUCCGACGCGUUUGACCUCGUCGUCAUGGCGGUGAUCGUGGUCAACACCAUCUUCAUGAUGGUCGACAUCUACGAGCCGAACUCGCCAAGCACGCUGCAGAGCCUCUGGAGGCUCGGCUUCAUCUCGAACUGCGUCUUCUUUGGCCUCUACUCCCUCGAGAUGCUCCUCAAGUGGAUGGGGCUCGGGCUGCGGCAGUACUUCAAAGACGCGUGGAACGUCUUUGACUUUUCCCUGGUCAUCAUCACCGCCGUCGACAUCGCCUUCGCGUCGAUGCAGACGGAGCUCCCCAUCCCCGGCGGCGUGCUGCGGGUCGUGCGGCUCCUUCGCGUGGUGCGCGUGCUCCGGCUGCUGAAGCGCGCCAAGCAGCUGCAGACCAUCAUCGCGACGGUGCGCGUGUCGAUGCCGGGGUUGCGCAACAUCGGCCUGCUCAUGUGCCUGCUCAUGUACAUCUUUGCGAUCUUCUUCACCCAGCUGUACUGGGCCACCAACUACACGCCCGGCAACUUUGGACAGACAACGUGCACGGCGCCGAACGCAUCGGCCGCCGCCGCCGAGCCGUGCGACACCUCUUUUGACAACAAAGCCUCAGGCGCUGGCACUCUCGCCGGCCCUGGCACUCUCGCCCGGCCCGGCACAGCGGGCGCACCGGCUGACUCCGAGCGCCUUCCCAUCGCAGGCGCGCCCGUUGCCUUCAACGCCGACGUCCGGGAGGCGCUGCCACAGAAUCUGCCGUGCUCCUACUUCCGGCAAGUCAACGGCGAGGUGUGCGCCGCAGACGAGGCGCCCUACUAUUUCAGCUCCGCCGACUCGAACUGGGGCGAGUCGCUCAACCGGCACGCAAACUUCCAGAGCCUGUCCAUCGCCUUCCUCACCCUCUUCCGCGAGUCGUUCAACCUGAUCAUGCACGACCUCUUCCCCCCCGACUGGGGCGACAACAUGCUGCGCUGCUGCCCCACGUGCGGCCCCGUCGUCGACUACGAGGGCGGGGAGCCCGUCGUGCUCUCGUCGUGCGGCGCCGGGUGGGGCGCGAGCACAGGCGUCCUCGAGACGCUCCUCGCCGUGAGCCUCUUCUUCCUCUACUACGUGCUGCUGGGGUACGUCAUCCUGAACGGGCUCUUCAUCGGGGUGAUCGUCGACAACUUUACAAACAUCGGCUCCGACAACAGCGACGUCACCCUGCGCGACAUCGAGGCCUUCCGCACGGUCUGGCUGCGGUACGACGAGAAGGGCUCCUUCGUCGUGUCGUCGCAGAACCUGCUCGCCAUCCUGCAGCAGCUGCCGCAGCCGCUCGGCGUGGGAGACCGCACCCGCUCGCGCGCCGACCUGCUCGCGCUGCUCGCCGAGCUCAACAUCCCGGACCACGGCGGCUACAUCCACUUCAACGAGACGCUGACCGCCCUCUCGCAGCGCGCCUUUUGCGAGCGGCUCAACCACGAGCGGCUCGCCCGCCGGCAGGCAGCGGCGGCCCCCAACGGGCGAUCGGGCUGCGGCGGAGGCGGCCCUGAGCGGCGGACCGCGUGCCCGGGCAGCGGCCCCGAGGGCGCGGUGCUCUCGAAGAUCGAGAAGCCGACGCACUCGGCGCUCACAAACUACCUCGUCUCGCUGCUGCAGUCGCGUUGGCGGAGCUAUGCGAUGCGCAGGCUGUACGAGGACGAGACUGCGGACGCGGGCCACUCGCAGGAGGAGGCGGUGGCGCGGCUGCUGCAGGCGCACGACCGGCUCGUCCAAAGCGAGGACAGGCUGGCGGCGCUCGAGCAGCAGCGAGCGCACCGCGCGAUGGCGGGACUCCUGCGCGUCUUUCGUUGCCCGAAAGAAGAAAAAGUUUCCACCUUCACGCUCCCGGGGCCCGCCCAGGGCCGCGCAGCGAAGCGAAAAAGAUAA